GUGAAAUUCCGGCUUAGCCCUAACUUGCCCACACAACAUUCAACUUCCAAUUCCACCGCAUUGUGCGCGACCGAAGAAAAGUUCAGCCCAGGACAAUUCAAGGUAAGGAGGGAUUUGAGCCAACACCACGACAUCACCAAACCAGUAAGUCAGUCUUCUAUUCUCCUUUCUUCAUUCUCUCCGCCAACCAAAUGAUCUUCUAAAGAAACAACUACAUCUCUCUUUUUUUCAAUUGUUUCUUUUAUUUUUCCCAUCUUGCCAUCUCCCUAUCUUCCGACCUUCUUAAUACCCACUCGUCUCUAACAACGAUAUUAUCAGCACAUCGUCACAAUGGGCGACGCAUCAAUCGAAUCCCCCGAAUGGCGCAAGGUCGAGGUCGGCCGUAUCGUCCUCGUCCAGGGCAACGGCCCUUACGCCGGUAGACUGGCUGCUAUCGUCGAGAUCAUCGACCACAAGCGCGCUCUGGUUGAUGGACCUUCGUCAGACCCUAAGCUGGUCGUUCCCCGACAAGCUAUCUCUUUUGCCGAUGUGCUCCUCUCCGACCUGAAGAUUGCGAAGCUACCGCGCGCCGUCCGAACAGGAACCCUGAAGAACGCAUGGGCGAAGGCCGAGAUCGACGGCAAGUGGAAGGAGAGCAAGUGGGCCAAGCGAAAGGAGCAGACAGAGCGAAGAAGGGCGCUCACCGACUUCGACCGAUUCAAGGUCAUGCGACUCAAGAAGCAACGACGAUUCGAGGAGCAAAAGGCCCUGGCCAAGGUCAAGGCAUCCGCAUGAACGGCAAUAGGAGCAUGAAGGGGGACGGAAUGGUUGAUUCUGUUACAACGGUCUCUUUCAGCUGGAGAGGAAGGUAGUCUACGGGUCUGGUCUGCAUGAAAUGACACAUUGGCAUGGGGUUGCUGGUUUCUUCUGAUUCGUCUGGCAAGACCUGUAUGUCACUCAUAAAAAUCUCGAUGAGGUGACCGGCGUCAAUGAUACGGAAAUUUACAACAACCUGAGGCUGUCUUCUACGUGAUUACAUCUUCGCCUGGUGAAAUUUGUGCUAUCAUAUAGACAUACCCAGAUUCUCGAGUUUGCACAAGUGUAGAUUCGAUACGCGAGUUGACAAUACAAUUCCUCCGAAGGGUCCCUAAUACAUAUAUGCC